AUGGUCCUUGCUGACGAGCCAGAAGAGGAUACCGCUGCAACGGACGGUGGCCAAUUCUCCCCUCACGAAGAGCCCUCCACUGAUGGUCAAGACGUGCAGGACACUGAUGGUGCGGCAGAAGGGGAAGAGAAAAGAAAGCAGCGCCAAUUGGAUGAGCGCGUCUCCGAGGCAGAGGAUUUGCUUGCGAAGGGCACGCGUGCAGAAGGGGAAGCUGCACGCCGCAUACUGUCCGAAGCUGUUGCACAAGGUGACGUUCGCGCGAUGACCAUGUACGGAACCGCAUCGUUGAGCGGGACCGCACCUUCUAUACCACGUAAUUUCACUCGCGGCAUUGAGUUGAUCACCUUGGCGAGCGAUAAAGGGUACCCUGAUGCUCAAGCAAUGCUGGCAUUUGCCUAUGCGAGCGGUAUCGCAGGUGACAUACUGCCAAAAAAUGUCGGGGCGGCCCUGCUUUUGUGGUCAGUCGCGGCAGAAGGCGGUUCCAUGUACGCCAAGAUGGCCAUCGGAUAUCGCCGUUUGUCGGGCACCGACCUUAAGGAAGACUGCGAGAAGGCCUCAGAGUAUUACAAACAAGUCGCGACAGACGUUUUCAUGGAUGAACGGGAGAGAGCAGAACAGCAAACUGCACCGGAACAGUCACAGACAGAAGAUGAUGACCUUCCGCAAAUUCGGUCGCCUACUCCCAGUGCUAUCUUCACCGCAGAGAGAAGCCGUCUAAACGCAGAUAUCACGCAGCGUGUCCUGGGUGAAGCCAAUGAGUAUGUUCAGUACUAUCGUCAUAUGGCAGACCGCGGGCAUGCGGCCCUUCAAGUGCAGCUUGGGAACCUGUAUUUCCACGGUGCCAUGGGUAUACAACCGGAUCUUAAAAAGGCUCGCUCGCUAUUCCAGAAGGGAGCUGCCAAGGGGCGGACAGAUGCCCAUGCUCAUCUUGGCUUCAUGUAUUUACGCUUUGGUUGGCAUGACAAAGCUGUUUUUCAUUUGCAAAAGGCCGCUUCGGGAGGAGAUAAGCUUGGUUUCCACGGCAUGGGCUUCGUUACACUGCGUGGCAUAGGAGUGGAGAAGGAUCCCGAGAAGGCAUUCCAGUUCUUUAAAAAGGCAGCAGAGUUGGAAUACCCGGAAGCCAUGUUUAAUCUUGCAAUCAUGAGUAUGCGAGGGGUCGGAACGACACAUUCCUUUAACGAUGCGUUCGUUUACUUUCGGAAUGCAGCCGACUUCGGCCAUGUACAGAGCAAUUUCUAUCUUGGGCAGAUGUCUUUCACCGGCAACCAUCCAGCAAAGAAGGUCUGCUCGACAGCCAGUGGAUACUUCAAAAUUGUGGCUGAGCAAGGCGUUUGGAACAAAAUAUUCUCGAAGGCAUACCGGGCAUAUGAGCGUGGCGAGUAUGCGAGCGCUCUAUUCUGGUAUCUUUUCGCGGGGCAUGCAGGUAUCGAACUCGCACAGUACAACGCAGGUUUCAUGUACGAGCGGAACGCACUCACGAACUCAGAAGGUAUUGGCCCUGCGCCUUGGAAAACCUGGAGCGAGAGACCAGAAACUGGCCUUGCAGACCGCAGCGAUGUUGUGGAAGAGGCUCUCGAACUAUACCAAAUGAGCGCCUCUCAAGGGUACUCCGACUCAUUGGUCCGAGUCGGUGAUCUGGUGUUUGGAGAGUCUCAAGACUACCCGCGCGCGGCCUCGGCAUAUGAAAGGGCCGUGAAGCAAAGAAACCCAGAAGCAAUGUUCAAUCUUGGGUGGAUGCAUGCUCGAGGCCUUGGCAUGAACCAUGAUAAGCAUAUGGCCAAAAGAUACUUCGACCAAGCGAGAGAGACAGAAAAAGAUGCCUUUUGGCCAGCUACAAUUGCCCUCUACUCACUGAAAUAUUCUGACUCCUUGUUCAAAUUUGCGGACAUGAUUCGGUCUUAUCUGGAACCGCUGUCGACUGCAAGCGAGCAAUACCACCCGUCUGGACAAUGGGCAUCUACCGAAUUUCACAUAGCUGGACUAGAUGUAUUGUUACUAUCAGCUUUGACGUGUGCUUUGGUGUGGGUGGUGCGGAAGAGGCAAGAACGCCUCGGUUCAGCUGAUUUGAGGAGCCGAGGAGCUCGAGAUCAAAGUGUUGAGGACGAAGCACCACCGCUUCCUCCCCAACAUCUUCACGAGGAAUAGCGAUUGUGUUUGUUCGAAGGUGGAUUGUGUUGUUUUAUGCCGUUGCUCCAAAUGUUCAGGGCGUCGGAGACGUCGCGAGAUGACUCGGCUCUAGUGAGAUAUCAACCGCUUCUGAAAAAGUGCAUUGUACAGUGACUAGUAAAUGUCAAAACCCAGCUUAGAGUGACAGAACCCGACAACUAAGCCCUGUGCAGCAACAUCCGAACCAUGCAUGUGGGGCACAGACAGACAGUCAAAAUAACAUACAUUCAUAGCUUUAUGUAAGUAGCCAUAUGACCAACUUGACUUUUUAUCUUGGUGGAGUAUAGGUUGUCAAUACUCGACACAGGGCACACGUCCUGAGUGUCGUUGCACCAACAGUUAGCCUUUCAGAUGUCGAAGGUCAGUCUUCUAUUUAAAUUUAAUCCUAAAAAAACCAGCUCUCAAA